ACGCGCUGUCUAUAGGCAUGUGGCGGGGCGGUUUCUCCUUCUCGUUCGCAGCAUUCUCGGUAUUCUUCCGAUUGCCCGAGCCCGUCGUCGUGUCGGAUGGGUGUUGGACGGCUUUACCGUAACGAGCUUUUUCAGUGGGUCUCCUUCGUUGCUUCCAUUCGGGCGCUGCGUUUCGCGCGGCGUCGUAUGUCGCUCUGCUGCGUGCUCGCAUUUGCGGAAUGCGAGCGGAGGCUUGAACGUCGAGCUUGUCGUCUCGAAUGGCGUGACGUGACGCCCGCAGCAGCGUGACCGAUCGAAUUGCCAGCGCGGCGAGAGCGUGCGCCGAGCUUCAGCGGCUUCCCCGUGGAAGCUUUUUCUGAUCGACGUAGGUGACUGGAUGGAAGCCUCGUGACUCGGGUAUAGAUCCGCCGAUCCCGCGAACGACUGCAGGGUCGUCAAGAGAUGGAGGAGGAUACGCGGGCGCUCACCGCCCCCGAUGGCCGGUCUCCGUGGCGCUCUCGUCUCGUGCUGUCCGUGUGCUCGGCCUGCAUGAGCGGGGCGUCGUUUGGCCUUUCGCUCAGCUACUCGUCGCCGGCACUGCCCGACAUCCGGCGCCGCAUGCCCUUCAGCGACAACCAGGGCGACUGGUUCGGCUCUCUGGUCACGCUGGGAGCGCUUUUCGGUGGACUCGUCGGAGGCCAGCUGCUCAGUAGACUUGGUCGAAAGGACACCAUCAUCUUCUCGUCACUUGGCUUCGCGAUCGGCUUCCUGUUGAUCGAGGCUACGUCGCUACCAAUCGUCAUGUUCCUUGGCCGCUUCUUGACGGGCGUUUCUACGGGCAUCACCGCAGUGGCGUUGCCCGUGUUCGUCUCCGAGGUGAGCCCGCCCCAGAUACGCGGCGUGCUCAACACCAUGUGCACCAUCGCCAUCACGUCGGGCGUGCUGCUCGCCUACGUGCUGGGCAAGUGGCUCAACUACCGGUGGCUCGCCACAGCCUGCAUUGUGCCCCCGCUGGUGGUGGUCAUCUCGAUGCCUUUCGUGGCGGACUCGCCGAGGUGGCUGAUCCACGCUGGUCGCUCCGAGGAGGCUCUAAAGGCGCUGAAAUUUUAUGAGGGCGAGGACAGGGCUCGCGAGGAAUUUGAGAGCCUGCAAGCGGCGAGCACGGCAGACGAGAAGUUUUCCCUGGCUGAAUUCAAGCUUCCGUACGUGUACAAGCCAUUCCUGUGCGUCUUGCUGGGCAUGUUCCUCCAGCAGUUCUCGGGCAUCAGCAUCAUGCUACUGUACACGCAAGACAUCUUCGAGUCUGCCGGCUCGACCAUAGAGUCCACCGACUGCACCAUCAUUGUCGGUGUUGUCCAAGUGGCCAGCGGCUUCAUGGCCACGCUGGCCAUUGACCGUUUGGGUCGCAAAAUACUGCUGCUCAUGUCUUGCUUCGUGUCCUCGAUCAGCCUCAUCCUUCUUGGGAUUUCAUAUCAUUUCAAGGACACUCAGGGUCAGGUGUUCCUGGCUUCAUACGGCUGGCUUCCACUGCUUGCUCUCUGCGGCUUCAUGGUCGGCUACUCAGUGGGCCUCGGACCGCUGCCGUGGAUGCUGAUGGGCGAGAUGCUGCCACUGCGCGUCAAGGGCUUCGCGACGGGCGUGUCGACUGCCUUCAACUUCGGCUGCGGUGCCCUGAUCGCUAGGGAAUAUCACAGCACGAUGCGGCUGCUCGGCAACGACGGCAUCUACUGGUUCUACGGCACUGUCAUGGCCCUGGGCUUUGUUCUGGUGCUAAUAUUUAUUCCUGAGACCCGCGGCAAGACUCUGGAGGAGAUUGAAGUGCAGUUCGGCAAAAACUCUGACAACUCCGCGGAUUCUAGAGAACAGCCAGGCCUCGUGAACGCAUAGCAUUUUGCAUCGUGCUUGGGGAACUGGGAAUACCUUUUCUGGACAGUGUCUAAGGUACUUCAUUGCGUAUUUGUUGUGGACAACUAAGCGCAAUGAAUGCUUUUUGUAUAGUGUCCUGUACUGUUUACUUACUUUUGCUGGGGCGGUUGCUCCCAGCUGAAGCCUUUAGGCAAUAUCCUUGUGUCUAAAGUGCGAGCCGUUUACCUACAGUGUGCAAUGACAUUAAUCAAGGCAUCUGUACAUCUUUUUAAUGGGUGCAGUUCUUUCUGAAAGAUGUAUGAUUUCUAAACGCCUGUAUCUCUUUUUUUUUUUCGACGGUAGAGUUGUUCAUUCCCGUACGGCUAGUAGCAGUAUUUCAUUCAACAAUAUGCUGUCGGCUUGUUUUGAUUGACUGUAUUGUAAAAGACUGAGGUCGUACGUUCAAUGAACUCCUGCAUGAACAUUAUAGGCUGUAAAGAAACGUAAGUGCUUCCAUACGAAAAUGAGGAACAGUUGAGCCUGCAGAUAUCAGCGAGGAAUUCUUUUAUGCAACACUCGAGAACUCUUCUACACAUGGGUCCACCGACUGUCUGCUCUUCAAAUGCCAGCAUGAGCAGUAGCAAGAGGAAGCAACUACUUUUGACUGGUGACCAGAUGGUGGCUGGGGGAUUCAACUUCUUUUUCCCCUUGAAGUUUUUUACUUGCAUGUGUGUGUAUACAUGCACACACACAAACGCACGCUUUUUGGAGGAUUCUUACCCCUCCCCCAUUCGGAAAAUACACCUUGCUAUGCCACUGCACCAUUUCGUGUCAUGUCCCAUUCUUUCAGUGCGAGACAGCUAACAGUGUGCACCUCGUUAACCUAAUCUUUUCUAUCAUAACAUCUCUUCCAUCAUAACAUCGGGUCAAACUGCUUCUGGCUACCACUUACACUUAUGAAGCCUGCUCACAAGCAUGUACUGGCGUGCACCCCACCUAAUAGGACCAUAAGGUAUACCGGGCAAAGAUUGGCGCAACUUGCGUUUUUCUUUGAAUGCAACGGCGUUUGUGACGUGUGCUACCAAUUGCAGUGCCAAGGUAUUCAGUGCCAUCGACAAGGCUUUCUUGUCAUCGCCUACAUCACUUCAAGGAAGGCUCAUUCACAUGACAUUAAUCUGUCGCAGACAUCACUGUUAUUCUCUUCUUUCUUUUUACAUCUUUUACGUCAUUCUUGCCAGUGCACGCCAUUCUUGUCGCAUUGAAAGAUCUUCUAAGUUAGUGAUUUCUGGUGUAAGACUGAGUGCAAGUGUUGUCAUAUGUGGCGGAUCUCUCAAAAUUUUAAGCUGGGCAUCCGCCUCCUUGCUCACAUUUUUUUUUAUUUCUGGUGUAGAAGUGCUGCGCCAAUCUGACCUGCUUCGCCAAGCUGUUCCUGCCCGGCAAUUUGUGUGUGGAAUGCCAAAUUUAGCCGAGUUUUAUCAUCAUCUGAGCAACACGGGUGAGCUACACAAAAGGCGCAACCGCGUCCAUAUCAAGUUAGUUCAGUGACAUCGUAUUUCGGUUCAUGCAUGGAUCCUGUUAAGGUGGUGUUUGUGUGUAUACCUCAUUAUGCGACUCUAUAUAUCUUUUAACAGCAACAAACCAUGUAAACUGAAAAAAUAAAAUAAAGUUAGUUUCACCGGUGAA